UUCAUUUUUUUUAAAAACAAAUUACAAAAAAAAAUGUUCCCGGGAUUUUUGGGGGGGAGGCUGUAACGGAUUCAUCGCGUUUCCGUCCAUUUCAAUGGGGAGAGGUGAUGUGGUCAUUUUACACCACGCGUCUUUCAUCAGGACACACGAGGCCACGCCCACUUUGGUCCUUUUGAUGACUUUGAUGGAUGACACAAGUGUUUUCUUCUUGACUCCUUUGUGUAAUUUGAAAGUAGAAUUUAGAGGAGCCGGUGUUGUUCAUUCAUCACGUGUGGCGAUCAUGACGCAUUAUCAUCAAUGUGGUGUUUUCUCCUGGGCGGUGAUCCAUGACUCCUUCUUUUGUCUCCUGUGCCUGCUGCUCUUGAUGGGGCUGCUGCGAUCGGGACAGUGUCGCCCAGCCCACAACGACGUCUUCUGCAAGGCGCUCAAGUCGGCUGUCCAUCAAAUAGACGCCAUCAGGGAGACCGCGGAGCAACUCCAACUCGUGCGCAACGAAGGGCUUGUGGAGGACUUGUUGGAUGUCCGACUACAAAGUCUUCCUGUCAUAUCGAUCACCGCUUCUCGCUUCCAAACAUGGAAGGCCAACGAAUCUCUGUCCCAGCUGUACAUGCAGACUCUGGCCUUCAGAAUGCACGUGGAGUGGCUCAAGGCAGCCGCAGAAAGUGUCAGCUUGCCCUCCGAGGCUGCGAGGGCCGCCGGUGUUCACCUGCUGCAACUGGCCAGCCUCAUCUGGACGGCCCUGAUUCAGAUCGACGCGAUUGCCCUUCCGCCGCAGCGUUCGUCACUUCCCACGGUCUCCUCUGCGUUUGACGUUCUCCGCUACUCAGUGGAGAUGUCUCGCAGAUUGAAGGUGUUCUGCCACUGGUCCAAACGGCUCGUACGCCAUCUGCACAUAAAGGCGCUCUGCUCUUGUCCUCCAUCCAGAAGUCCGUGAAGAAGAUGAGCGUCAUAUCUCUUCAUCUUACAUGCAUUCAAACUCUACCUUUUGUUGAGUUGCAAAUGACACAUUUUUCCCCGCCCGGACCGGUUGGACAGUUGGAGGUACUGAACCCCACUCGUUUCAUACAUCCAUUCACCAAAGUGAUAUUAUAUACAUGUAUUAUAAUUUUAAUUUUUGAUUCUUGAAAGAUCAACCAGAACCUCAGUCCAUUUUUUUGGGCACCCUUUUCUAUUGUAAAGUGUACCUUGGCUGGAUAUAGGUUGAGAAGCACUCGAGUUUACUUUACCCCACACAUAUUUGCCGCUUCGCUACUGUUGGGGGCGCCCUUGAGUUAGCAAACCUAACAAUUCGUGAGUACUGCUUUAAACUAGAUUAUUGCACAUCCUCUUGUCACGGUGCUGCAAGAAGACGGCUGGGCCUGUGGUGAGCCACAGACCAAAAUAACCGGUACUCCCCCCCCCCCCUCCACACACACACACACACACAGACUCGCACUCCUCUUGAUAAGAGCACACGUGCAUCCACCUACACAUCAAGUCACACUUGCACACAGUGAGACUUGUUUAUGUGACAAAAUCCCUACGAGAGAGGUUGCUCAAACUGGACAUUUGAUGACAUCACAUUCAGUCAAAGGCGACUUUGCAAAUAUUUGUUUUACAACUGUCAGUAUGACCUGAUAGUAGUGCAUGAGUAAAAUGAUCCGUGAGAAAGAAAAGAAUCUGCCCUCUCUGACCCCAGUUUGUGCUUCUCAUUGGCUUUGCAAUAAACCAUCGUACCCAAGGUGAAACGACCAAUCCGAGACAGAAGGCGUGAUUUUUGAGGUGUCAAUCUUUUUUGGGGGGGUUGUAGGAGAGAUUAUUAAAGUGAUCUUCAAACUUCCACUUUAACCCUUAUGUACCUUCCAUUUUCAAAGCACAUUGUAUGUUUUAAUUGCCUGUCUGUCAAUCAAGCGAUGAUUAAUCAAUGAUCAGGGAAGAGGGAAAGUGUAAUUUUAUAGGUAUUUGUUUUGGAGAUACAGAUCUCACGCCUGUGUCAAGGCACCCUCUAAGUCUUUGUGACUUCUGUUCCGUAUGUUGAGGUUGCAUGAUCUCCUUCCACUUUUUCAAGAAUCCCACUUUGACUAUUUGCA